GAGCUCUGUCCUCAAAGAAUUUUGGCGUUCAGAUACACUACAUCAGUUUCAUCCACCUACCAAGUCAAGGAGGUAAGUUUCAGGGGGAAUUCAGAAAUGCUGAAAGCGCCAGAUGACAUUGUCAUGGAACAGGAGGACUCUGCUUCUCAAAAUGGAGAAACAACAAGUUGGGAUAUCAAUGACGUCAAACUUCCUCAGGAUGUGAAACAAAGAGAUUGGUUUCAAGAAUGGCCAGAUUCCUAUGUAAAGCAUAUCUAUAGCUCGGAUGAUAAAAAUGCUCAGCGGCACCACAGUAGUUGGGCAAUGAGAAACACCAACAAUCACAACUCCCGUAUCUUAAAAAAGUCCUGUCUCGGUGUGGUGGUUUGCAGCAAUGAAUGCUCAACUCCUGAUGGGAGGAAGAUCUAUUUGAGACCAGCCAUAUGUGAUAAAGCUAGGCAAAAACAGCAGAGGAAAUGCUGUCCAAACUGCAAUGGGCCUUUGAAGCUUAUUUCUUGUCGAGGUCAUGGUGGUUAUCCUGUCACUAACUUCUGGAGGCAUGAAGGACCAUUCAUAUUUUUUCAGUCCAAAGGAGCACAUGAUCACCCAAGACCAGAAACCAAGCUAGAAGCAGAAGCAAGAAGAUCACUCCAAAAAGCACUUACAGUUGUUUCCCCCACUUCUCCAAGACUAAAAAAAACUCGGGAGCCUGAGUCUUUGGCAGAUGAGAUUCAGAGUCAAGAAGCUCUGACUUUACAUCUUUCCAGUCAGGAAGACUAUAUAUCACCCAGUAAUUUCAACAGACACUUACUAGACAAACCCCCACAAGAGCACAUGCUAAGUACCAGUUUGUCUCUUGCAAAAAACUAUGGCUUUGGAAGCUCCCCAUAUCUUACCGAGCACUCUCAGGUUACAAGAUCUAACACACUCUAUGACAAGUACAAAGACGUUGGCAGUGGAGGAUGUGAUACUGGAAGCCAAUCUAGACCUUCUGUCUGUAAUACAUAUGUUGGCUAUGAAGAGCCACAAAGUUGGAAUAAAAACAGAGUUUUGGGAAGAAAUCCAUGCAAUGAAAAAUGCUGCAAUGACUCUGCUUUGCCUUUGACUGAUUUGCAUCGUGAAAUCCUUUCUUCUCAAAACUGUAUUGAAUCCACUCUACAGCAUGUUCCUACUGUACCAAAUACAACAAAGGCUGGCUACUACCCCUUCAGGCCUAAUAUAGGCCUAUGUGGAGAGGAUUUUUAUGAAGGAAAAUCACACAUGAACUAUAACAGCAGCUACAUCCCUCCCUCCUUGUACCAUCUCUCCCAAGAGGAUCCUUACCUUGUUAUGAACACUGUACGUCAGCAUUCACUGCCCAUGAAAGGAACUGAAUGGGACUCUGAAGAAGAGCAAAAGUACCCCAGUCUGGAUUACUGCAACAAUGAAAUGUUUUUUAAUCUCUGUCCUUUGAGAUGAUCAUAUUUGAGUUUCCUUCCCUCCGGGGCUGGAUUCUGUACUCCCUGUUCUAAUUUGGAUAGCAUUUUACCUUCACUUUGUGCCCCCUCUGCAUUGGUAUAUUGCAGGAAGUGGGAUGAAGGGGUACAGCUCCCUUGUACAUCUUUGUACACCAGGGCAGGGGAGCCAAAACAUAGUUCAGUUUAUCCCCUACUCCACUGGGGGACAAUCUCUUGGGCAGACAUGCCACAAAUUUGCCUCACAUCUCUAAGUGCCGUUCCAAUCCCCUUCCCCUGCCAAAGCAGAUUUCUGCCCAUGCCCUGUGACACUCCAAUCCCCUUCCCCUGCUUUCUGUCUCUGCCCUGUGAUCCCUGCCUGAUCUUUGCUUUCUUCUUCCUGCCCACUCAACUGCCCUGUUUUCUGCUGCCUGAACUCUCCCAAGUCUGCUGUGUGCCACACCAAAAGGCUGCCCAAGCCGUAUGUGGCACACAGGUUGGCCACCCCUGCGCUACUUCACCCCUGUGGGUAUGUUACCUACCCAAUUUAUGGACAUUUCCAUGCAGCUUGCCUUACUGAUUCCUCCUAUUGCUUUUAAGCUACUCUUUCUGUCAUUUAAGGCUCUAGCAAGCCCUUUAGUACAUCUUUCCCCUAUUCCAUCCCCUCCCCUGUUUAAACACCCCAGAACUUAGGGGUCUAAACACAGACUUCAUCAUUUCAACCCAUCUCCCCUCCCUAUUCUAAACAAGCAAUUCUCCAAAUGAUAUGUUAUAGUGUGCCAUGCAGUAAAGAUUUUAUUGGCAUGAGUCAGGGAGGAGAGUAUUACAAAACAAAUGGUAAUAAAAACUUAAUAGUACCCCAUUCCAUGACAUAUUUGGUGUCUGUCAAACAGGUUCAGUUUGAUCAUUUGUUUUUUAUUUGCUUGACUUCAUCUCUUUAGAUUGCCUCUGCCUUUUCCACUUUUAAAUACUUUAGUUACUAUGGAAACAAUCCUGUCAUAAGGGUGGAGUUUAGAGACAUUUACAAGAGCAGGAUAAUAUAUACUUACAGAAUGUUUCAAAAUUUAUGCUACAGUUUGGAAACACAAGGAUCCAUAGUGGUUUUUUAUGAUGUAUAUUUGGUAUGCGCCUACAUAUACUUCAUAUUGUAGCAGUCACCUCUCUCAUUGUAGACUAACUCAGAAAGCUUCCCUCCAGUCCAUAACAACUACCAUCCUAAUAUAUCAGUGUACUUUUUAUUUUGAUUUUUCAUCAGGGCUAGAAAUAUGAAAUUUUCUAGGCUAAGUUUAAUUAAAGAUCGUGUCUCACAGCCUGCAGAUCUGCAGGCUUGUAGUAUCAAGUAGUCCACUCAACAUUUUCUGUACUAAAUUUUCCUGUAUUUAAACAGUAUGAUCAGCACAUUGGAACAGGACACGGCCAAGCUCCUAAUGAUCUGGUUCACUGUAUGGCACACUGCAUUGGGACUUUUGCAAAAUUCCAUUUAUUAGUGAUAUAUUCUCUGAAAAAGUAUAUAGAUAUUGUUAAAUUAGAAUCAUCAUAUUUACAUUAUAUAGUCUAAUUCUAAAUUCUUGGCAAUGAACUCUGAGGUAGUUCAGUUAAAUUUAAAAUUGCCCACAUGGCUGAGGAUCCAGGGUGAAAAAGUACACACAGUUGAGGAGCAGAGGGGUUGUCCUUUAACUGGAACACAACAGACUACAUCACACAGGCAGACAAACAGAACAAUGCUUACAUUUUUCUGAAGAUAAUCUGUAGACAGAGAAGCAUCAUGAAAAUACUUGUUGGGGUUACAUUCACCUGAGAAGGUCAUGGCAUAAAUCCUUUAUAACCUUAUUGAAGGUGGCAGAAAAUAGUUUUAAGAUUCAUAGUAGAGUUAGAAGGCUAUUAUUAGUAAACGAAAGAAGCAGAGAUGCAGUGCAGUUAGAAACAAAAACAUUUCUCAUGGGCUAAAUGCUCCAUGGAUCAAAGUACUGAGGCAUUGAACUGCUUUCUAAGCUUUAUUGAACAUGCCUAUACUGCACGGUUCCUUUUCUUGUGCUACAUGCUCUGUGCCUUUUCCUCACACGCGUAAGUCUCUCUGUUGCUGUAGCAAAUUGUCUUGUGUAUAAUUAAACUGUGUCUUACAGCUGCAUAAAUGUUUCACAACUUUUAGUUUAUACAGCAUUUAAAGGGGAGACUCUCACAACCUAGUUCUCUACCUAUUUUAGGUAUAACAGGGCACUCCUACACAUGCAUUUUACUGCACAGUAGGCACUUGCUGUGCAAUAAAGCGUCACCAUCUAUACAUGCGCAUCAAUUAGGCCGAUGUAGACCAAUUUACUGCACUGUCUGACAGUCCCAUCAGACACAAGUACUAUCCAACAGUGGAGUAAAUUACUGCACGUAAGUGCAUGUGUAGACAGUGAUGGAUUAGUUUACUCUGACUCAAAUUGCACCAGAAUUUAUUCAGUCACAUUAAUUACAUGUGUAGAUACACCCACAGAGUCACCAUUAACAUAGUAACUGAAGACCUCACAGUUUUAAUAUGUAUGCUCAUGCUGGGUAGGGGAGUGCUUUUACCCUCAUUUUACAAAUUAGGAAUUACAAGACCACAAAAUGGUUUGCUAAAGGUGUUCCAGAACUCCUGUGGCAGAACAAGGACAUGACACCAGGCCUUCAAUGUUCUCCAGCCAAGAAAUACUCCAACCACUUUCCUUCUUCCUUCCAUCCUUCCUUUCAACCUAGACCCUACUCUUGCACCUGAGAAUGAUUUGGUUUAAUCAAGUGUUCCAAUUUCUACAUACUAUUUUCUGCCUUUGCAAAGUAGAACUGCACUUUAAUCUGAAUACAGAAUUAUAAGAUGAUUUUGAAAUGGUGUUGCUAAAUGUGGUCCUUAAUUCUUAAAAAAAAUAGUUUGCAUCCUGCUUGUGAUGUAGACCAUUUGUGAAAAAAGUCCAACAACUGCAGGACAUGAAUCCUUUAACGUAGACAAAUGCAGGGUGCUGCACCUUGAGAGAAGAGAUCCAUAGCAUACAUACAGGCUGGGGAAUUCCCUUCUUGAAAGCACAGAGGCGGAAAGGGAUCUUGGAGUCACUAUUGACUCCAAGAUGAACAUAAGCCACCAAUGCCAGACCGCAGCCAGCAAGGCCAGCCAUACCUUGUCAUGCAUCCAAAGAUGCAUCUCAAGCCGGUCCCCCCUAUGCAACAUUGGUCAGGUUGCAGCAGAAGUACUGCAUCCAGUACUGGGCACCGCACUUUAAAAAGGAUGUGGCCAGCCUGGAGAGGGUUCAGAGGAGGGCCACCCAUUUGGUGGGAGGGCAGCAGGACAGGCCGUAUGAGGAGGGACUGAGGGACCUGAACCUAUUCAGGCUCGGCAAGAGGAGGCUGAGGGGGAACCUGGUGGCUGCCUACAAAUUCAUCAGGGAGAUCAUCAGCAAAUAGGAAGAGCCCUAUUCUCCCCAGCACCACCUGGGGUGACAAGGAACAAUAGUAAUAAGCUGAUGGAGAAUAGGUUUAGAUUAGAGAUCAGAAGGCAAUAUUUUACAGUUAGGGUGGCCAGAAUCUGGAACCAGCUUCCCAGGGAAGUGGUCCUCGCCCCUACCUUGGGCAACUUAAAAAAGAGGUUAGAUGAUCACCUGUCUGGGGUCUUGUGAAGCCAGCAUUCAUUCCUGCCUGUGGCAGGGGGUCAGGCUAGAUGAUCUGAUCAGGUCCCUCCUGACCCUAGCUACUAUGAUACUAUGACUCCAAAUAGCUCUAUCAGAGUAAUUUACACAUCACAAGGUUUGAAUACCUUGUUAUUUCCACUCAUCCUAGAUCUCUCUGGAAAUUGUGCUCUGCUGCUAGUUUAAGUGAUGGUUUGGCUUUAAGGGAAUUGCACAUAGUGGGUUAAGGUGGGACUAUUUAAUGCAUUUCCCUUGUGACUGCAAGCAAACUCUAAAAAGCCCUCUUCCCUUUCCUCCUUCCCCACUCCCCUGCCCCCUCCUUUUCUCCAUUGGACUUGAUAAUGGCUAAGAAAGGAAUGACAGGCAAGGGAGUUUCUUUGUGGUAUGUUUAAUUGGACAAACUGUAUGGUUGGGAAAGAUGUUGGACAAGCUCUGAGGCACAUCUGAAUGCCCUUAUUCAGGUCCAUCUUCCCUUGGGUGGGAGGCAUGGGUGGAACUAGGGUUUUGAAAAGCAGGAUGUAGAUGGUGUGGCACAUCAUUACUUAUAACACAAAACCUAUUUUUCUACAGGUAAAAAGAAACUAGAAGCUUUAUUAAUAUGCCACGGGCCCAGGGCUAUAUUAUCCAUCUUAAGAUCAAAGCAAAAACAAAUACAAUUUUAUGGAAUGCAUUUAAAAACAGUCUGCAGGGCUGUGAAAUAGGAGCUACCUUACUAGGAGCAGCUAACAGAUAGCUAGAUUGUUUAGUGGAACAUCAGGACCACUGAAAGGAGAAAGGGGCAUUAACACCUGUGGAAUGAAGGAAUCAGUUAUAAUUUAAUGAGCCAUGAACUCCACUUACAACUGCCUGAACAGAAAUGCUGCUGCCACUUCCAGGAAGUUGGAUUUAACACUGGGUGGAGCAGGAAUCAAAUCGGGGUGCAACUGCACCAGUGCACCCUCUCCACCCCCAGAUCUGCCCCCGAUGGGAGUGUAGUGAUUACAAUGUGAGAUUUUGAGUGAGGUGAGAAAAAAUUGGGGUGGAAAGCAGCAGAGUGUUUUAAAGCAUAAAGGGCUGGAAAGUCCGACAAACUUCUCUGAUGGAACUAGGUGUGCUAAUUAUUUGAUACAAAACAGCAUAGGGGUAGGUUUUAAGAGCACUAUAAAUGAUUAGGAAUUACCAUAAGAGGUACUCAGCCCUCUGGCCUAACACCUAUCUCAGGAUUCCUAGAACUGGUGUAGUUUCCAAAUAUAAUGGGCCUUCUCCUUUUUUUAGAAAAACACAAUGCAACAAAGCAAUCAGGUGAGAUUCAACAUUAAGUGCCUUUGUUCUAGUUGGUUAAGAAGCCAAUAGCAGACUACUUGGUAUCUUUGUGUAACCGUGCGUCACAUUCAUGUUGACAUAUCUUUCAAAGAUAUUACUUAACACAAAUGCCUAUCAUUUACUUUAGACACAGGCCAAGCCAAAAAAUGUCCUAAAGCUACAUUGAAUUUUAGUGCAUGAGGGCUUUCAUUCUUCCUUCAUUGUUAUUAGUAAGGGAGAAAAAUAAGGUCUGUAUGCAGAAGGGUUUGUUUCAGUGGAAUCUGUUUUUCAUUUCUCAAAACCAGUUAUACCAAGAUCUAAGUUUGCAGUUAUUUACAUUACUUGAUAAUUGUAUCAAAAGGGACACAUUUCUAAGUCUGCUGUGACUGAUAUUCACCCAAUGUACUUGUGUCUCUGGAGACAACUAGUCAUAAAUAAAAUUAACAUUGACACCAGAA